UGAUACGUGAGCAGAUAAUUACCCCGAGUCGCAUUAUUGAAUAGACGAAAGCUCCGCCUUGAUACCGAAACGCGAACCGCCUCCCGUUGACAGGUUAGGUGAAUAAUGUUAAAGAGUCGAGAUAGUGAUGGAAGUAUAGGUACCUACAUGAUGAUAACAUCAAGCUGUAUCGAACAUGAAUCAUGCACUCCCAUUCAGUCAAGGGUAACCCAGCUGUUUCCCGAUUUGUCAUACGUGGUGAAUUGUGCCUUGUCGUCUAUGAUAUCCCUGCAGUUUCGUUUAUCCAAGACUUCUACAACCCACGAUAUUCUGGUUACGUACCUCAACCCGAUAAAUAGAGUAUGCACAGCCACUCUACGCUUCGAGCUGCCUACCCAUCUACCAAGACGCUUGUCUAGAAAGACGGUGUCGAAUCAGCUGUUGAAUCAACGUACUUGUCGUACUCGCUACCACCAUGAGGAGGGUGAUCGGUUGGGCAACAUGAGCAUAGUACGCAGCAAACUGCAGAUUGCUACUACAUGUACUAAUAAUUGUGUUACUGCCUGGACGCGACGGCAGCCCACAUACUGCAGGUCGGCAGGCCGGUAAGCGAAUCAGAGACCGAGGGAUGCGUGGCAGUUCACGACAGCGCGAGGUUAGACGAGGUUAAACGAGGUUACUAUUAGACGAGGUUAGAUGGAGAAAUGACGGAAAUGUUUUUUAAUCGCAGAUUGACCAAGGCA